CCUAAACGGAUGUUGCCGUUGCGUGGCGAAGGGUGGGCUCUGAAGGGAAGGCGAGCGGCGCGCACGCGCAUAGAGCAAGAGCCACGCCAGCUUAGGUAGGCUCAGAGUGCGAUGCGGUGACGCCUCCAAAGAAUCAUGGCAGCGGCUGACGAACUGGCCUUCCACGAGUUCGAGGAAGCCACAAAUCUUCUGGCAGAGACCCCAGAUGCAGCUACUACUAGCCAAAGUGAUGAGCGGACCUCCCGAGAGCACGUGGCUGUGGUUGUGGGUUCAGACAUUGGCUAUGGAGCUGAAGUAGGGGAGGAAGAGGAUGACAAGACAUCACUUCUACAGGAAGAAAAGCCACAGCCCAGAUUCUGGACAUUUGACUACUAUCAGAGCUUUUUUGAUGUGGACACCUCCCAGGUCUUGGACAGGAUCAAAGGCUCCCUGCUGCCCCAUCCUGGCCACAACUUUGUGAGGCACCAUCUUAGAAACCGUCCUGACCUAUAUGGCCCCUUCUGGAUCUGUGCUACCCUGGCCUUUGUCCUGGCGGUUACUGGCAAUCUCACUUUGGUGCUUGCACAGAGACGGGACCCCUCCAUUCACUACAGCCCCCAGUUCCACAAGGUGACCAUAGCAGGCAUCACCAUCUACUGCUAUGCUUGGCUAGUGCCGCUGGCGCUGUGGGGCUUCCUGCGGUGGCGUCAGGGCACGAGGGAGCGCAUGGGACUGUACACCUUCCUGGAGACAGUCUGCGUCUACGGCUAUUCACUCUUUGUCUUCAUCCCUACUGUGGUCCUGUGGCUUAUCCCAGUGCAGUGGAUACAGUGGCUCUUUGGAGCCCUGGCCCUGGCCUUGUCAGCUGCUGGGCUGGUAUUCACACUGUGGCCUGUUGUCCGAGAGGAUACACGGCUGGUGGCUGCGGCACUACUGUCUACUGUGGUGCUGCUUCACGCCCUCUUGGCGCUAGGCUGUAAGCUGUACUUCUUCCAGCCACUGCCUCUGGACCAUGUGGUACCAGCACCCCAAGCCACACCUCCAUCUCCCAAUGUCCUGCUGCCCAGUUCAAUCCAGCCCAUGACAACCUCCUAGGAAGGCUCACAGGCCAAACUCAAGGGGAUACUACUUGUCCUGCCCUCCGUAUGAAGAUGGGAGGAUUCUUGGACCCUGGAGACUACCCUGCUGUUUUGCAGGCUUUUCUUACAAAGCAAACACUUUUAUUUUCUAUGCAAAGGUGAUCCAGAGAAUUUAUAUAAAGGUGGGGAGGGGCAGCCGAGCAGGGAGUAUUACUGAUGGACAGGAGAGAGCCUGGUUCCCAGCUGCCUGAGGGCCCUCUGAUUCCCUGACAGGUCAGGAGGGUGGCACAGAGCAGCUCCAGCCUUUGCCAAGGGGUUCCUGUGGCAGGCAAAAGCCCAGCCUGAGCUGUGGCCAUUGAGGUGGGGACUCUAGGGUAAGGGAAUAGGGGAAACUGCCUGUGCUUAUUAAUCACCCUUCCUUCUUUGCUUUUCUUUUUAUCUGGGGAGGUCCUUGCGAGGCUCCUUCCCAGGGUUGCUGUCUUGAAAGGAUUAAGAGGAACAUGAAUGUGAAUGCAACACACAGGCCUAUGUUAGCUAUCAGGAGAGGACGCCUUCCUUGUGUGACAGAUCUUUGAGGUUUCUUGUCUGCCCCAGUAGCCCAGGGUGACUCACUCUGGGCUGCCUGUUCAAGCUUUUGAUGGAGGGGGGCCUUUAGGGCUCAGGACAGGACAGUAGCAGAAAGUAGGGACUAGGCCUUUGGACAGCUGGGUGGUUUGUACAUUCAAGUUUGAGGUGAACCCUUUGGUGGGAGGGGGCUGCGCCCACUCUGAAGGCUUGACAGGGCCACCCCUCACCUAGAACCUCUGGGCCUAGGAACAGGGGCUGCUGGCUUGGCCCGGCCAGCCGGGUUUCUCAGAGGGUCUGUGGGUUGACACUGGUUCUUUUCGUAAAAAAAUAAAAUUAAAAAAAGCAGCA